UUGCAUCCGCGCCCUCACCACAACACAUCUCGCCGGAUGCUGACUGCAAGCCAGAUUGUUGGCAAUUAGAAGGAAACCCCCAGCUUCCUAAGAAUUGAGAUUCAAAGGUUCGAUUAGUUGUUUUCCGCCGUGGCCGAUCCGACAAUUCUGCGUCUGGUUGAGCUGUCAUUUGCCGGCGACGCACUCUUGAAGCUCUCGCCACGAUCUCCAGCCACACCAUAAAAGGCGCGGACCGCCGUUAUCGAUCCAGCGAUGGUCGUGAGCCGCCCGUGACGCAGUCGCAUCGCGCAGCAUUCAACUCGGAAGGCCUGGGAUUAUCUUAGACUUCCUCGGCUUUCACAUUCCCGGUCAGCUCAGGUCUCGCUCCCGUCUUCGUUAGACGUCGCCAUGGUUUCGGACCGGGGCUCCACCGCGACGGAGGUUCUGCAUGCGCUGUCGAACUCAACCGUGCCGCAGACCACAGCUGCCCUUGGGCCCGCCGCCGACUUAGGGCGGUCGAAGUCGCUCAAGCGGUUGCGUGAGACAACACCAGCCUCGGACGAGUCGUUGGCGACUGGUGGCGACAUCUCGCCAUCCAAGAUUGCCCGUUUGGUGGGGUUCGCAAGACAGUCAGGCGAGGCUGCCGAGGGAGAGGUGGCGGAAGAUGACGAGCGUAGGCAGCAGGAAGACGAGCGCCUACAGCUUGCCCAGCUAGAAAACAGCGAGCACCAAUCCCCGGCUGGCGACGUCAUGUCGGGCGUUGCAACAGACAUGGGUGGACCCCAUGGCGCGUCAACAGACUCGACACGAUCGGAGAUUGAGGCUGCUGCCGCCGCGGCAGCCGCGAGGGCACUCAGUUCUGUUAAUAUCCCCACGGGCCAUGAUGUCAGUCCGCCGAGCGGCACAAGCGGGGCGAGUCUAGAUGAGGGAGACGGGCACGUCGUCGACAGCCCGGGGGCGAUGGACGUCGACUCUCAUAACGACGAGAGUAUGUACGGCCCGCAACCCGAGGCGCAGAUGGAAGACAAAACGGGAGCAUCCCAUUCGUAUCCGGGAGCCAUGCCGGCACCAAGCGACCCUCAAAGAGGGAUGAGCAUGCCGCUAGGCGCGUCGCAAACACCCUCUCUCGACCUGACUCCCCGUUCGCCAAACUCAAACAAAAAGCACAAGUGCCCCUACUGCGAGACAGAGUUCACCCGCCACCAUAAUCUGAAGAGCCAUCUGCUCACACACAGCCAGGAGAAGCCAUACCCGUGUCAGUCAUGCAAUAUGCGAUUCCGCCGGCUCCACGAUCUGAAGCGUCACAGCAAGCUGCACACGGGUGAGAAGCCGCACAUCUGCCCGAGUUGUGAUAGAAAGUUUGCGCGCGGCGACGCGUUGGCUCGGCAUAGCAAAGGAGCGGGUGGGUGUGCGGGCAGAAGACAGACGAUGGGCUCGUUCGGCCUCAAGGACCUGGCGCCAUCCGAUGGCGGGGAAAUGUACGAGGGUAGCGGAGCUGAGCUUUCGGAAGACGAGCGGCGCCGUCUGAGCAUGCCGAGCAUCAAGACGCCGCACGUGGCUGGUACGGAAGGCUACGGCGGAGGUCAUUCGAAUACAUACCCCCCGGCCGGACAGCGACCUGGGGCUGCCUCUGGGUUGUAUCCGCCCAACGUUGACGGAGGUUCUUCCAGCUCAAACACGGCCAACAGUCAUACGCCACAAACCAGCAUAUCGUCGUCGAUACCGUUGAGCGCGGGCAGCUCCGGCAUGUACUCGCAGACCGGCAUGACCGAGAGUCCCAAGCCGCUGAGCCCGGGAGCUCAAGCGAACGCAGCAGGCCAGCCGCGGGCGGGCAACGGGGCACAGCAGCUGUCGCUGCCUUCGCAUGGUAUGUCACCAGCGGCCAAGCAAGCCUGGCUCUCUCAGUACCCCCCCGCUGACCGAGACGCAACACAAGGCAACGCAGCGGCACCCAACCAGCGUGGGCGCGGCCGCGCGGCGGCGAGCGGCGCCGCUCCUCCACAAGGCACCGUCAACAGCAGCAAUGGGGUUGUCGCGCCGGAUUGGGGCUCGUACACCUACUUCCAGCACCUGGAAGCAAUGGUUCAGCGGCUCACUAGCCAGGUGGAGGCAGAGGCGAGAAGCAAGGCCCAGCUAUUGGAGAAGCUCAAUGCGCACGACCAACAUAUCGCGGCGCUGACGGCCGAGAUUGCGACGUUGCGGCAGCAGCUUGCCCCGCCUCCACCGCCGGCGCAAGAAGAGCAGCCUUCUCCAGCCGAGUCUCCCGCCGCCGCCGCUCAACAGUAGGGCUGGGAGCGUGUGGUUAAGCUCGAGACGUACGGGAGACAGCGAGCCUGGAAUGGCAUAGCAUAUCCAGCACCUUUAGGUGCUUGUACUUUUUAGAUCUUUCUUGGGUUCUGGCUCGGGAUUGGUAUCCGGUGUUUGUACGGCGCAAGGAAGAUAUUGGGGCCAAAAGGAAUGGAUCCAGCGUUACUUGUGACGGUGUUUUAAAGAGAUUUCGGUUCCAAAAGCCAGCUAGCUUAGCUCGAAGUUAGCUAGGAGGAAUUCAAGCAGUUCAUCAAACUGGUAUCUGGCCAUGUUGACUUUCAGCUUCGAGUUAGCGGCUCAAGCUGCCCUCACUGAGUUGCGUUAGUUAGCUGAUAGAUUCUUGGUACGGGCAAUGAACUAUACACAACUCACCCACGGGUAUCGUAC